CAUCGUCAGACAGUACAGACAGAUACGAACACUUGCCGAAGAAGGUGACAAAGAAGAAAACAACGAUGUUGACGACGACGACGACCACAACGACUGCAAGGGCAUAUCAAGACCCACCGCACGAUGAUCAUUUGUAGGCUAGCUAGCGUCGUCGCUGUCAUCGUUUGCUGCCAGUACUGAAUCCAUUAGAAGUUCUCACAACUCCAUCGUAAUCACUACAAUCAUGAGCGGCAGCUGCAAAUUUAUACUCACUUAUUUGCGAGCCAUACUCUCUCUGGCAUGUGGCUGGCUUCAAAACAUUUGGAGUUCGGUAUCGUCGACAAAACGGUUAACUCGAAAGCUAAGAAAAGACUCAUACCAAUCACAAUGUGCCUUAAUUUCUGAAUGGAAUACGCCGGCAAAUGGUAAAUCCAUAUUGAAAAGCAAAACCAGUAAUAUAAGUACCAAGAGGUCGGCAAAACAAUAUGAGGAAAUUCCGAUGGCAAAGGGCUGGCCACUGAUUGGAACAACAUUGGAAUUGAUUGCAGCCGGUUCGGCUCCAAACUUGCAUAAAUACAUUGACAAACGACAUCAGCAAUUUGGUCACAUAUUCAGAGAAAAACUGGGAACACAAGAAGCAGUUUUUGUCUCAUCAGCAAAUCUAAUGAGAUCGGUAUUCUUAUAUGAGGGACAGUACCCCACACAUCCCCUUCCGGAUUCAUGGGUUCUCUACAAUAAACUUCACAAUUGUAAACGAGGCUUGUUUUUUAUGGACGGAUCUGAGUGGCAUACAAAUCGAAAAAUCUUAAACCGCCUCUUAUUGAAUGGAAAUCUAAAUUGGUUGAAUUUACAUAUUGAAUAUUGUACAAGAAAGUUGAUAGACGAAUGGAGGAAUGCGGCGAAAAAUAUAAAAGGUUAUUUUAUGAUCGACGAUUUGGAAGGGCAACUUUAUAGAUGGGCCAUAGAUGUUGUUUGCUCCGUUAUGUUUGGGUACAAAGCAGAUAAUAUUUCUGAUAGUAAAUUAACCACGGCAAUAGAUGCAUUCUCCAAAAACGUUCACAAAAUUUUCAUAAAUAGUGCUAAUCUGAUGAAUUUCCCACCAAAAUUAGCUAGAACAUUAAGAAUGAAAAUUUGGACUCAAUUUGAAAAUGACGUCACAGAAGUUUUAAAAAUGGGAUACGAAAUCAUUGAUAUGCAAAUAAAUCAGGAAUGCGAUGGAGCAGCAUGCGAGGAUGGAUUGUUUGUAAAAAUGCGAUUGGCUGGCAUGCCAAUGGAAGAUAUCAAACGUAUAUUUGUUGAUUUGAUUAUAGCAGCCGGAGAUACGACUGCUUUUUCCAGUCAAUGGGCGCUUUAUUUACUCUCACAAAACAGCGAUAUUCAGGACAAAAUUCAUUGUGAAGAAUUUACUACCAGCAGUGAAAUCUCAGUUUUGCGUGGUUUCAUAAGAGAAACAUUAAGAUUAUAUCCUGUUGCUCCUUUUAUAGGAAGAUUUUUAAAUACAGAUGCUGUAAUCGGAGAUUAUGAAGUUAAGAAAAAUAGCAUGGUUAUUCUUUCCCUUUAUACGUCUGGACGAGACCCAGAACAUUUUCCAAAUCCUCUUGAUGUUCAACCGGAGAGAUGGUUUCGAAAUUCUGAUACUGGAGAGUUGAGAAAUGUCUUGCAAGCACAUGGAACUAUUCCUUUCGGAGUUGGUAGUCGCUCUUGUAUAGGGAAAAAGUUGGCACUGCAUCAAAUGCAUUCUCUAGUUUCAGAGGUCACUCGGAACUUUAACAUCAAAUGCUUCAACACGAAACCAAUUGACGUGAUCCUUCGAUUAGUCGCAGUACCAAAUGAAACUUUACAAUUAGGAGUAAAACUUUUAGAAACUUAAGUAAACUAAUUAUUACCAUUAAAUAUGUUUACACGUAAUUUUUUU